AUGUCGAAACUCUCCCUCCUGGUCUUCAUCGUCGCGCUUGCCGUCGUCAUCGGUGCAGCUGCCGGAUUCGGAAGGCACCACCUGUGUGGGGCAAAACUUCUGGAUACCAUGAUUGCGGUAUGCCCGAAUGGCUGCGACCAAGGCAGUGACUUCCAAUUAGCCAUGGCUUGCUUCCGACGAAUGAACAAGGACGACGUGAGGUCCGCCUGUUGUCCGGAUGCCUGA